GUAGUUGUAAUGAAUUAAUUUUGAUUAGUCUUAAGUUAUUUAGUAAAAUAUGUUAUUUAUUUAACUUAAUUAAUAAUGGAUUCAGAACUGGUGGACAAAUUGUUGCCAGACACUGAUCGCUAUGACCAUGCUCAAAAGUGCAAAAAGUUUAUGUCGCUCAGGUUCCUGGUGGCAUUUGUGUCGCUACUGGGUUGCGCUGUGAUGUAUAUGACCAGGGUCAAUAUCAAUGUUGCCAUCGUUGAUAUGGUGACUGUUGUGCCAAAGAUUAGUGUCAUUAAUACCGCAUUCAAUCAAUCAGUGCUUUCCGAUGAAUGUCCGGUCGAUUCUUUAAACAUUGACAACACAACCAUUGUUGGAGAGUUUGCUUGGUCUCCACCAACACAGGGAAUUGUGCUUGGUGCUUUCUAUUAUGGUUAUAUUUGGCCGCAAAUAUUUGGCGGUCGCCUAUCGGAACUAUACGGCGCUAAGUAUAUGAUCGGUAUCGCGAUAUUCACGUCGGGUGUCAUCAAUCUAUUCACACCUUUCAUUAUACGCUGGAAUUACUACCUCUUCAUUGGAUCUCGAGUUGUGUUGGGUUUGGUUCAGGGAAUACUGUUUCCCUCAUUCAUGGUAUUGAUGUCCAAAUGGAUACCACCCGAAGAGCACAGCACAUUCAUCCCAUGGCUGGAUGUCGGCUGUACUAUCGGCACAAUUGUCUGCUCCGCCGGUGCCGGACAUCUCAUUGAGAACAAAGUGAUGGGUGGCUGGCCUUCAGUCUUCUACAUAUGCGGUGUUGUGGCGAUCGUGUGGUGUUUCCUAUGGUUUUCAGUCAUCACUUCUAGUCCUUCCUCUCACUCGUGGAUAACAGACACUGAAUUGAAUCACAUCUUAAAGAGAGCAGACAAUAGGAGACACAACAAAACUCGGGACUCAAUCCCGUGGAAGAGAAUACUGACAUCGAAACGCUUUCUAUCGGUAUUGAUAUCAAAAGUGUUGUUUGGCAUUACAUGGGAUUUCAUAACAUCCAAAAUUCCGGCUUAUUUUCAAGAUGUCAUACAUUUUCCCAUCUCUGAGAACGGAUCCAUUUAUUCAAUAUUAAUGUUAGGUUUGGCCAUCACUUCAAUGAGCUCUGGUUUUGUGGCCGAUAUGAUCCUCGAAACCAAAUGGAUUAGCAAAACAAAUGUGAGAAAAUUAUUUCAAACGAUAGCUGGCGUGGGAAUGGCUGUCGCACUAGUGAUGACCACAUUUGCCGGCUGUGAUAAACUCAUGAACAUUACGUUACUGACUGUGUGUAUGCUUGUGAUGGGCAUCACAUCCGGUGGUGAUGUGCCGAUUGUGGCCGAUAUGACGGAGACCUACACCGGCACUGUGUUUGCCAUAAUGAACUCGAUCGGAUCAAUCGGCGGGUUUAUUGUCCCCUAUUUUGUUGGCGUUGCGAUCGAUAGUAAUCCCAAUUCAAUGCAAACCUGGAGUCAUCUCUUUUACUUCGCGGCUACUCUUGAUAUAAUCGGAGUGAUUGUGUUUAUGUCGUACUCGUCGGCCGAACCCCAACACUGGGAGUCUAUUGACGAGACCAAUGAUGACUAUACUAUAGAUUAUACCAUUCUUUUCGAUCAAAAACAUAUUAAGAAAAAUUUACACAAAUAUAGUCUUUGA